AACUAUAUAAACUUUGCUGUUCCAUAUCCUUCCAUAUCACUUUGAAAAAAGUUAGAAGUAAACUCAAAAGUGAAUAACUGCCUUUUUCUCAGCUGUAACGUACCUGUUUUAUCAUGGAUCUGAAAAUCGUGCUCCUUUGCUUGACCUUUUGCGCCGUGGUUUUCUGUAAGAAUCCCGGCAGUGGCCAAGCCCAGCAACACGGAAGCCCCCUUAACGCUUACGCUCCUGGACCACAACCCGCCUGCUGCAGCAAACUAUACGCGUAUCGGUGCAAACCUAACCGAAGAUACGAGAGCGGAUACGAACCAUUUCUAUACCCUGGAAUGAACCUGAAGAUGAAAGAUCACCCCUGCACAGGUUCCGGGAAACCCUUUUCGAACGCCUCCCACAAGGCACAUUCCAGAGAAUUCAUCGACAUGCGACAGGCGGAUAUAUCAGCCGAUUUUCCCUGCCACGCGUCCCGGUACCAGAACGUUGCAUCAUUCAGCUGGAUCCUGGAAUCAAUCCACUGGAUGGCUUGA